AUGGGAAUGGGGGCCGCGGUCGCAAUUGCUGCGGGUUAUUUUCUCCUUGGCUUUGUCCUGAUCGCGUUCAACCGCAUUGCAGACGGUCUGGAUGGUGCCGUUGCGCGGGCGACCCGGAAAACCGACCUGGGCGGUUAUCUCGAUAUUACGCUCGAUUUUGUCUUCUAUGGCGUCAUUCCGCUGGCCUUUGCGCUCCAGGACCCGGCUGCCAAUGCCUUGCCUGCUGCAGCACUCCUUUGCAGUUUCUACGCCAACGGCUCUGCGUUUCUGGCCUUUGCGAUCAUGGCGGAGCGCCGCGGGCUUUCAACCGACAGGCAGGGUCAGAAAUCUCUCUAUUAUCUUGGCGGUCUGGCCGAAGGUACCGAGACGAUCGCCCUGUUCCUGCUGAUGGCUUUGCUGCCUGACUGGUUUCCAGUGCUGGCGUGGGCAUUUGCAGCUGUCUGCUUUGUUUCGGCGGGCGCACGCGUGAUGAUCGGCGUAAAGUCGCUCGACCGUUAG